AUGCCCGAACCUUGUGACUUGUUCGAGUACACGACCGGACGAUGGAUCUAUAAUGACGCGUUGAGACAUCGCGAGACGAGACGUGCUUUCAACGUCUCUGAAUUGAAGCGCCUUGCUGCCCUAGCGGUUCAGCAGAAGGAAGACGACGUCACUGGCUUCGAGAAGCUUGCCGAAGGAGGAUUCAACCGAAGUUUUAAGAUCACCAUGCGAAAUGGCUUCCAAUUUGUUGCGCGAAUCCCUUACCCUGUCACCGAACCAAAAUUCCUAGUGGUCGCAAGUGAAGUCGCAACGAUAGAUUUUCUCCGUUCCCAUGGCAUUCCAGUUCCUAAGAUUUUUGGUUACUCUGCCGUUGCAGAUAACUCUGCAGGUACAGAAUACAUCUUCAUGGAACUUGUCCAAGGACAAAAUCUAGGUGAUAUCUGGUUUACUUUGUCUGAACAGGAGAGGAUAACGCUGGUCACAAAGCUCGUGGAGCUAGAGUCUCGUCUAUUUGGUCUACGGUUUCCAGCAAGUGGAAGUCUCUAUUACUACGAUGACCUGCCAGCCCAUGACUACCCAGUCACUGUUCCAAGCCCCAGCUCGACCCGCCGCUUCUGUAUCGGCCCCGAUACUUCGCUUGGUUUAUGGUUCGGGAAAAGACUCAACUUAUCCGUUGAGCGCGGGCCAUUUCUCACCGCCGGGGCCACAAAAGAGAUUGCAUAUCUCAAAAGAUUUGGACGACCUCUUCAGCCAUUUCAGCGACUUCGCAGAGAGAUGUACAAUUACCAGGCCCAAUCCCACCUCGAACAUAUUGUGAAUCUGGAGAAAUACCUUCAAAUUGCGCCUCACCUCAUACCGCGGGAUUGUCCUGCCCUUCAUCGUCCGGUCUUACGACAUCCUGAUCUUCAACCCAACAACAUAUUUGUUUCCAGUGACCUAGAAAUCAAAGGGUUAAUCGAUUGGCAGCAUAGUACGGUUCUCCCAUUAUUUCUGCAAUGCGGCAUCCCACAAAGUCUCCAGAAUUAUGGUGACGAGAUCUCGGAAUCACUACAAACCCCUACUUUACCAAGGAAUUUCGAUGAAUUAGAGGAGAUACAACGGUUCCAACAUGCGGAAAUUUUCCGCAAGCGUCAACUGCACUAUCUCUACGUCAAAUUGACUGCGGAUAAGAACCCUGAGCACUAUGAUGCCUUGACCUAUCAUUUGAGCGCCUUAAGGCGGCGGAUUUUUCACCAUGCCAGUGACCCUUGGGAGGGUGAUAAUAUGACCUUGAAAGCGGAUUUAGUUACACUGUCGAGAAAUUGGGGAGGAGCAAACCGUGAUGCGAGAACACCUUGCCCAAUCUUCUUUUCAGGCGACGAGUCGAGCGAAUGUCUGCGACUGGCACGUGAACAAUCCGACGCUGAUGAACAAUUUCAGGCUUGCCAAGAAGCAAUUGGAGUUGCAAAUGAGGGAUGGGUGCCCGUUGCAUACUACGACGAAGCAAAGGGACGCGAGAGAAAAUUAAAAGCGGACGCUCUUGAUGCUGCUGAAACAAAGGAGGAGAGAGCUAGAAUUGAAGAAAAUUGGAUUUUCGAUGACUUUUGUGAGGAGGAUUACAUCAAAUAA